AUGCGGCAUGAAGUCCUCGAUCUAUUCUUCAUCCAAAACAUGGUCUAUUUCGACGACGGCAGUGCGUCGGAGUCUCACAAGGACUUUGAAGAGAGCGCGUGGUUUCGUCUCGCCAAACUUGGCAAGAGAGCAAGCGGACCCGAGAUCCAACCGCCGCGACAGAUUCAGUCGCUGUGGAAAGACGCCCUCGCCAAUCUCCGCCACAUGCACGUCAGAAUUCGCCCGGACGCCGUCACGAAGCCGGAGUGGUUCUCCUCAGCGAUCAAACACGCUCCUCGGUUGUCCAUCAUCAGUCUCGGGAUCAUCGACAGACGGCUGUGGGAUCCAGAGCCCCUUCUCGACGCAUACUGCGCGGCGUUUAACGAGAUUGAGAGUCUGUGCGACUUGAAGCUUGCGUAUGGAUUCCAGAAGGAAGACGUCGAGGUGAUUUCGAAGAAGGGCUCCGGUAUCCAGUGCCAAAAUGAGCUUGAUAAAGGAACCAAGUACAUCUUCUUCGUUCUCUGA